AUGCGGGUCACACGCUCUUUUUUGGCGAGCACUUUGCUGUUAGCAAGUGUCUCGGCCACUGCUUUGGACACUCGUGCAAAGAGUACCGAUGAGGAGGAUUCCAAUGUCACCACCGUGACCAAGGUCAAUUGGCAUACAGUCUCUGCUUGCCCCGCCACUACCGCUAUUCUGUCCUCUCCUACCUCUGGUCUUGUGGACACCAGCCCUGGACAGUCUGGCAAGUCUGCUAGCAGCUCAGGUGGUGAAACCAGUGGUGAAUCAAGCUCGAGCUCCAGCUCAGGUUCCAGCUCAGACUCUGAAUCUGGCUCUGGCUCUGGCUCUGGCUCUGGCUCUGGCUCAGACUCUGGCUCAGCCACGCAGUAUACUACCUCCACCGUCUACACUACCAGUGCUCACACUGUAACCGCUUGCCCUUCUUCCGUCAAGGAUUGUCCAGCCUCGGAGAAGACCACUUAUGUGACUACUGAUACUAUCAUUGAUUAUACCACUGUCUGCCCCGUCACGGAGACCGCUACCCGAACUGGUGCCGGUGGUGCUGCCGAGACUGGCGGAGCUGGGUCUGAAAAGACUAUCACCGGUGCUGGAGGUGAGGAAUACACUACUUCCACCGCUUAUACAACCAGCGUGCACACCGUGACUGCCUGCCCAGCUUCUGUUACCGACUGCCCGGCGUCUCAGAAAACCACAUACGUGACUACGGAUACUAUCAUCGACUACACAACCAUCUGCCCUGUCACUGCUACUGCCACUGGCUCCGGGGUCGGUCCUACCUCUACUGCUUCCGGUUCUAGCUCUGGUUCAGGUUCAGGCUCCUCUGGCUCUGGCUCUGGCUCUGGUUCAGGUUCAGGCUCUGGCUCCGGUUCUGGCUCUGGUUCAGGUUCAGGCUCUGGCUCCUCUGGAUCUGGCUCUGGCUCUGGCUCUGGCUCUGGCUCUGGCUCUGGCUCUGGCUCUGGCUCUGGCUCUGGCUCUGGCUCUGGCUCUGGCUCUGGCUCUGGCUCUGGCUCUGGCUCUGGCUCUGGCUCCGGUUCUGGCUCCUCUGGCUCUGGCUCUGGCUCUGGCUCUGGCUCUGGCUCUGGCUCUGGCUCUGGCUCUGGCUCUGGCUCUGGCUCUGGCUCUGGCUCUGGCUCUGGCUCUGGCUCUGGCUCUGGCUCUGGCUCUGGCUCUGGCUCUGGCUCUGGCUCUGGCUCUGGCUCUGGCUCUGGCUCUGGCUCUGGCUCUGGCUCUGGCUCUGGCUCUGGCUCUGGCUCUGGCUCUGGCUCUGGCUCUGGCUCUGGCUCUGGCUCUGGCUCUGGCUCUGGCUCUGGCUCUGGCUCUGGCUCUGGCCUUGGAUCCAGUUCUAGCCUACCUGCUUCAAGCAGCAUCACUCAUUCGAAGUCGCUCUCUCCUUCAUCGACCCCCCUGCAUACCUCUACCUUAAGUAGAUCUAGCUCGCCUUCCCUUAGCUCUGUACCAGGUGCUUCAAGAACCCCCGUCCACUCCAAGUCACCAAAACCAUCAUCGACUCCCCUUCGGGCUUCUACCUCUGGUGCCCUCGUGUCCCCAUCUCGCUCUAUUAAGCCUACAAGCUCCACUCCUAUCAUUAAGACCAGUGCAUCCGCAUCUCCCUCUGCCUCUCUUGAGGCACUGGCCUUAUAUGUUGAGCCGACCCAGUCAAAACGGAAACGUCAGACCUAUAACACAGCUGUUUUGAUUGGUGGCGGAUCCCUCACAUCGAGCUGUGCAGAUGCAGAUCGCUUCUACCUCACUGGGGGUCACAUCUAUGAUGGGAACCUGCUGGUUUCUGCGACCCAAAAUGCGUCUAGUGUAUCAUUCUUGGGAAGCAGUCACCCAGGAUCCAUUCGAGGCACCUUUUCUGUCAGUGAUAACAUCCUGUCCUGGUCAAACCCUGCGUUUACAAACGGCGAAGCCUCAUUCUGUGUCUCUGGAAAUACCGUCCGGGCUAUUCUGACCGGUGAUGUUCCCACCGGGUGUGCUCCUGUGACAAUUGCCGCCGUCAGCUACUCUGAGCUCUGUUCCGGGGGCAGUGCGUCCACUAGUCUUAGCCCCAUCAGCUCAUCUACACCUACGCCCUCUUCAACUGCUCUUCCUAAGUGCUCUGCCAAGUCUGACCCAGAGCUGAGCACAAAGGUCCUACCAGCACUUGAUCCCAGCGUCGAUGGAUCCACCCUUCUCAACCUGUCUCCCUCAAUGUAUGCUACGCUGUACUAUGCCAGUUCCAGUGGCUCGACCAUUCUCCAGGUGACAUAUUACAUGCUCUACCCACAGGUGACCCUGGAGAAUGCGUACAAGAUUGCCACGGUGACUUGCUCUGGUAACACAUUGACCGUCACGGUAACUUCCGCCGCGGCUUUCAACAUUGCCAGCCAGUGGCCCACAAGCAACUUCAUUCUUAUCACCAACUCUGGCAGCUGCAACUCCGCCUCACAGAGAGGUGUCUACAUGGUCCACUCAUACACCACUGAUAAGGCCAGCCUCACGAUCACACUAGAUGUCACCACCAAAGUCUGGGCUGAUGUUUCGGAUACCAUGGAGGUUGCCUACGGCGCUGGACACGUGAAUUCCACCAAUAUAUCAUAUACUCCUUCGUGCACAGCAUCCUAUGCUACUACAGCCAGCAGCACCCCAACUCCUACCCCGAGCUCUGGCUCAGUCUCCUAUGAAAACCUGACCCCCGAGGAGAAGACGAUUGUCGCUUACUUGACAAAGAAUAAUACAUAUGAUGACAAUGGCAACAUUGCAGUUUCAGUUCCCGCUGUCACUGCCAACAUUACAGCUCCCGCUUAUAACCCCGACUCCAACUCCACACAGCAAGCAGCGCUUGAAGAUGCCCUCCAAAAUGCCGGCCUUCCAUCCCCUGCUUCGAUGUGGAAUAAGACUGCUAGUGAUCUCGCGGGCCAUUGUUCUGAUGGAGUCUACGUUCCUGCGACAACUGUCUACACAAAACGUGCACCAAAGUCAGCCAAUACCAAACGUGCACCAAAGUCGCCCAACACCAAACAUGCACAAAAGUCACACAACCGAUCCCAUCUCACUCACCCGCUCAGUCGCCACCGUCGAUCUAUGCUUCUUAAGCGCUCUGGUCUCGAUGAUGAGUCCUGGUGGGAGUACCUUUGGGAUGGUGCGUGUAGUGAUAUUGUUGAGGACAUCCUUGAGGCAUUUGAUGAAGAGCUGGGAGCUCUUGCAGAGCUUAUCUGCGACUUGAAGGAUCUAUACGACGAUGUAUCAGAAGCCUACGCCAACCGUAAUGCUAUCCAAUGUGCCUGGACGGGCUGCUACCUUGACGUUGUUGUUGCGACCUAUUGGAAUUUCACCUCCACCGCGAGCGUGGAAGAUAGCAUCCCAGCGCAGCCACUGGUGGAAUCCUCGGUGGGUACACUCAGUUGCGUCGACUGCGGUCUAAGUAUCUCCAACCUUGAAUUCGUGGGCAGUGUCAUGAUCGCAACCUCCACCGGUAAAGUCAUGAGCGCCUUUAUGACGCCCUCUAUGAGCUGGACUGCAAACAUUGUCAUGGGUCUCGAAACUACCGACGCUUGGUCCGGAGAGUGGACACAUAAUUUCGACACAAUCAAUUUUGAUAAGUCAAUCUCGGUUCCCGGAGAGUUUACUAUCACACCCUCCAUAUCAUGGGGUCUCGGAGUUCAGUGGUCUACUACUGCUGCUGUUGAUUUCACCGCGGGUGCUGCCAUCAGCGUGAAUGAUGGUACGCUCUACCUGGACCUCGCCAACAACGUUGCAUCCGAAGCUGCCAAUUGGUCACCUACGGUAGAAUAUACCUACCCGGUGUUCUCCGCCUCUGCAGACGUUUCGUUCGUACCCAUUGUGAGAACGUCGCUCGCUAUCGCAGUGACCGUCGAGAACGCAAACUACGGCCAGCAACCCAUCUAUGUCAACUCCGACACGGCCAUCGGGUUCAGCGCUUCCCUUGUUCUAGACGAUGGGGAAUACUGUGAUGCUGGUGAGCUUGAGAUGACUUCAUACUCUAGCACAACCAAUGAGCUUCUCUUCACCGGUGGCUCCACGACUGUUCUCUCUCAAUCUGGGGAUGUGGCCGGUCAGACCAAGUGCUUCAACAUCCCGAAUGAAAUCCCCACAACGGAUGAGGUCAAUUCCCUUCGCAGUGUUGGUGCGGCCUUCUGUACCUCCUACUUAGGCUACGUGCCUCCCACCUCUGUCGCAUAUGGUGUCAAAACAAGCACCGGAGUGACUACUGUACAAACCACCAAGCCGACGACCAUCUCGACCACAUCUACUCUUUACGAGUAUCCCACGGUCACCACCGUGUUCACGCAGACAACCACAGUUGCCGCUACCUCAUAUGUCACAGUCUCUGGCUCUCAGUCUCUCGGUGACUCCUACAUGAAGAAACGCGCCCUUGAAACCGGUUCACCCAUCAAGAAGCGCACCGCUGCUCCCCAGCCCACCAAGGCAGCCUCCAUUGCCAAGCGUACCGUCGUCUCCGAGCCUACUUUGAUCGCAACCUGGGACUCUAGCAAGAUUUCCCUCGCCUGUUCCCAGGUCGCUACCGGCACAGCCACAACAACCUUCUACACUUCCACCGCAACUUCCUACACUGGCACCGUUACCAAUACCGUCUACAGCACUGUUGACACACUUGGGGCUCUCAAAACCGAGACAUUCUCCAGAGUGGUGGUCUCCCAAACCGCCAGCACAGUCACCGGUGCUCAAGCCGCCACUGCCACUGUCGCAGCCAGCUGUCCUCUCCAGACUCAAGUUUCCUGCUUCACUGUCACUGCUACGGGUCCCGAUCAUGUCAACGGUAAACAGCUCUACCUAUCCAGCAACAACUCCUCUCCCGUCUGGGGCGGCUGGGGUGCCGGAUACGAGGUUGGUACUUUCUACCUGACAUGUGCGGGUGAUCUUGUCGCACUUCCAUCCAUGGAUGUGCUGGUUUCCGCGCAAGACAGGUGGGUGGAGUUUGAUAGCUUCUCGUCUGCAACAUCCAAGCAAAGCUGCUCGCAGGAUACCUCGUCUGGUAUUCUAAGCUGUGGAAGUGGAUGGUAUGCCACUACCCCCGUGGCGCUGCGCGUUACCGACUUCCGUGCGUACAGUGGUGAUUGGCAGCCUGUUUGGAAUGAUGGAACAAACGAGGAUACACUGACGCCUGUUGUUUUGACCUAUGAUACUGUCGAUUGCCCCUGUCAGUAUUAG